GACAGAGAGCUAGCGUCCGUGACUAAUUUGGACUUGACAGAACUUCACGAGUCACGACUUUACAGCUUUAUUAGACAGCUGUAGGUCACAUGACUCACUCUGCUGGCUCUCACUGAGCAUGCUCAGUUCAUUGUGUUGUCAGGCAAAAAUAAGAGAGCCCUGGAAGCAGAGAUCUGCACCAGAUAAACACACGGCCGGACGGCUGCUAGUGCUCAGGUGUGUUACAUGGUUCGUCCAUCGGCUCAUUUGCGUCACGGUGUCGUGUUGGAGGAGAAGGAGCCGGCGGGCUCUGAAGGUGGAGGAAGUGAGCAGCUCAUCUUUCCACCUGUUGUUUUGCCGUUCGUGCUGAAAUGGAUCAGAAAAGCUUCGUCCUGUCGGAAACGUGUCUGUGAACACCGGAGCCAAUGGAUAUUAAAACCCAGUGCUGGACGGAUGAAGAAUCGGAUGGAGAGAAUGAACCGGAGCAGUUCCUGUACGGCAUUCAGGGGAGCUGUGCCGCAGACCUGUACCGCCACCCGCAGCUGGACGCAGACAUCGAGGCUGUGAAAGACAUUUACACGGACGGCGCUGUGUCCGUCAGGGAGUACGGCACGAUUGACGAUGUGGACAUCGACCUGCAAAUCAACAUCAGCUUCUUGGAUGAGGAGGUGGCGACCGCGUGGAAGGUGAUCCGAACGGAGCCCAUCGUCUUACGCCUUCGUUUCUCUCUUUCACAGUAUCUGGAUGGACCAGAGCCGUCUGUGGAGGUGUUUCAGCCGUCUAAUAAAGAAGGAUUCAGUUUGGGCCUUCAACUAAAGAAGAUCCUCAGCACGUUCACGUCUCAGCAGUGGAAGCAUCUCAGUAACGAGUUCCUCAAAGCCCAGCAGGAGAAACGCCACAGCUGGUUCAAAGCCGGAGGAACCAUCAAGAAAUUUCGUGCAGGAUUGAGCAUCUUCUCGCCGAUACCGAAGUCUCCCAGUUUCCCCCUGAUCCAGGACACAGUGUUGAAAGGCAAACUGAGCGUGCCGGAGCUGAGAGUCACCCGGCUCAUGAACCGCUCCAUCUCCUGUACCAUGAAGAACCCCAAGGGCGAGUUGUUCAGCUAUCCUCCCAACAGCCAGACUGUGGCUGUCCCGGCGGGCAGGGCCCCUGCGCAGAUUACCACCCGCCAGCUGAUUGAGUUGUUUUUCUCAUCCCAGGCGGGCGGGCACUGCAAGAACAUCCCAACGCUGGAGUACGGCUUCCUCGUGCAGAUAAUGAAAUACUCUGAGCAGCGGAUCCCCACCCUGAACGAAUACUGCGUGGUGUGUGACGAGCAGCACGUCUUUCAGAACGGAUCCAUGCUGAAGCCCGCGGUGUGCACGCGAGAGCUGUGUGUGUUCUCCUUCUACACACUGGGUGUGAUGUCUGGAGCGGCGGAGGAGGUGGCCACUGGCGCUGAGGUGGUGGACCUGCUGGUGGCCAUGUGUCGAGCCGCCCUCGAGUCGCCCCGUAAAAGCAUCAUCUUCGAGCCGUACCCAUCCGUGGUCGACCCCAACGACCCCAAAACACUCGCCUUCAACCCCAAGAAGAAGAAUUAUGAGCGUCUGCAGAAAGCUUUAGACAGUGUGAUGUCUAUUCGGGAGAUGACGCAGGGCUCGUAUCUGGAGAUUAAGAAGCAGAUGGAUAAGCUGGAUCCUCUGGCUCAUCCGCUACUGCAGUGGAUUAUAUCCAGUAACCGCUCUCAUAUUGUGAAGCUGCCACUCAGCAGGCAGCUGAAGUUCAUGCACACGUCGCACCAGUUCCUGCUGUUGAGCAGUCCGCCAGCGAAGGAAGCGCGGUUUCGCACCGCUAAGAAGCUCUACGGCAGCACCUUCGCCUUCCAUGGUUCCCAUAUUGAGAACUGGCAUUCGGUUCUGAGAAACGGAUUGGUCAAUGCCUCUUAUACUAAACUGCAGCUGCAUGGAGCAGCGUACGGAAAGGGCAUCUAUCUGAGCCCCAUAUCCAGUAUUUCCUUUGGAUAUUCAGGAAUGGGGAAGGGACAACAUCGCAUGCCCACCAAAGAUGAACUAGUCCUGCGAUAUAACCGAAUGAACACAAUGCCACAGAGUCGCCCGAUACAGUCGCGUUUCCUCCAGAGCAGGAAUUUAAACUGCAUCGCUCUCUGUGAAGUGAUCACAUCGAAAGACCUGCAGAAACACGGGAACAUCUGGGUGUGUCCGGUGUCGGAUCACGUCUGCACGCGCUUCUUCUUCGUGUAUGAGGACGGUCAGGUGGGAGAUGCGAACAUUAACACACAGGAGCCCAAGAUACAGAAGGAAAUCAUGCGUGUCAUCGGCACCCAGAUCUACUCCAGCUGAACGGAUGGCUUUCCUACAGAGACGCUGUGAGACGCCACAUUUCUGGAGAAAGACCCGGCAUCUCUCUCUCUCUCUCUCUCUCUCUCUCUCUCUCCUGCCUGCUGUCGUUCCUCGACUCUACUCCAUCUAUACUUUAUUUGUAGUAUGGGAUGCGGGUGUGGAUUUCCAGCGUGGGAUGGAUUGGCGACCCUCCGUUUAGAAGGAAAACGAAAAAAACAAUGGAUUUAUCGAGUGCAAAAAGCCCCGCCCACAACCCGUUCCGACCUCUCGUUGACCUCCCGCAGAGCCGUCAGUCAGAAGCAGACAAGCGCCUGAUUGGAGGAGCCGUCGGCCAAUGAAACUGAACUCUGGUUUUCUCUCUCCGUCGCUCGAACUCUUUUUCACGUCAGUUUCUCACACUAAAUAUCAUGAAACAAACGCGUGUGAAUCUGUGUGCACUCUUAUUGUGUUCGUAUGGCGUUUUCUGACGGAUGAUGACGCACAUUAAUAUCUGAGUUUUCCCGCCGUGAUUUAUCGGGGACCGGUUCAUGGAUGAGAGGACAGGGACACGUCGUUACUCAUCGUUAUGCUUUUAUCUUCUGGACGGCGCCGCUUCUGAGCCGAGGUUCAGUGAUGUCAUCUCCUGAAAACGUGGGACGAACUGAAGCUGACGUUUUUAGUUCUGCUGUCAAUUCUCCAGACAUUCCUGAACGCUUGUGGGUGACCGUCGUCGCAUAAUAGCAGUGAAACGUUUGGACGUUCUUCAUUUAAUGAGAGGAAAGUCAUCAAACUCACCACACAUUGAAAAUAGGGUUAACUACCUUAAACAUGAACAAUACUUCUACAGCAUAUAGUAAUCUUAGUUAUAAAUCAUGGGCUAAUACUUUAUUAAAAUCAAAGGUUGUAUUUGAUAACAUUAGUUACUGAACAAACAGCUAACUAACAUUAACAAAGAUGAAUAAAUAUUGUAACAGAUCAUUGUUAGUUCACAAUAUGAACCUUAUUGGAAAGUGUUACCCUUGCUGGCAUGAAAUGAAAGUUGAGAAUCUCUUGUGUAAUGAUAUGCACGGAUAAAUCAUUUAUGAUAAACACUGCAAUAUUCCAUUACAAAAAUAUGAAUUGUGGGUAACACUUUACAGUUAAGUUCCAUUAGUUAAAGCUACAGUAACGUUUUCUGAGGAAAAUGGCCAAAACAGACCACGCCCCUGUCUUGAUAGCUCCACCUCCAAAUUCACAAACACUCUAUGCAAUCAAAACUCCUCCCCCCUAAUGAGUGGACACACCCCUUACUGCUGAUUGGCUACAGUGUGUUUGUGCUCGAUCCACUUCUCAGAGAACGUUUACUGCGCCUUUAAUAUUAGUAAAUGUACAACUGUAACUUAUUUUGUUCGAAAUUUCGAAACUUUUUAUGAGUGAUUCAUCAUGAAUCCAAUCUUCCCAACCGUGUUUUGGUCUUUUGGUCUUUGGUUUAUAUUCAGAAUAUUUUAGAGCGAGCUGGACAAGAAAUUAAAUAAUCAAUUAAAACUGCCUAAAAUUAUACGUACAAAGCUUUUUUUUUUUAUUGUUUUCAUAAUAUUUUUUAAAAUUAGAAAAAAAUUCCAGAAAGCUUAUUUUAUUUAAU